AUGAGCUGGAAACCCUGGAACGCAGCAAAGAUGAAGCAAGCCGAGGACGCCUGUGGUAGGUUGACGAAAGACCGUAAUUUGGCGAACGACGACCGAGAUGAAGCCUUCUGUUGUAUGGUCGAGGGGAGAAACGAGCGCGAUACAUUGAGGCUCGAUAUUGAGACUGUGAGAGACGAAGCUGCAGAGGCGGAUGGGCACCUGGCGCGGCUGGACAGUCGAGCCGUUGAUCUGCAGUUGCAGGUCCGUUCCUUGAUUAAGCGCCGCGACUCUCUGGACAAAGAGACCUUGACCUUGAAGAGUGCUUUGUUGUCCGCGAAUGAGUCGCUGUGCAAGCAGAAGAAGGCAUUCGAAGCAAAAGACCUGGCCUUAAAUGAAAAGACAGGGGGGGCGGCGGAGGCCCAGAGGUUGUUGAGAAGCUGCAAUAAGAGGGUUAUUGAACUCGAACAAUCCGCGGAGACGAAGGCGGGUGAGCAUCGGGACAAAAUUGAGGAAGUCCGCGGGCUGGCAGAGGCCCACCGUGGCUCCGUUGAACGUUACCGACAUAGCCUGCAGACCUUUGCAGAUACCGCGAGACGGGCUUUUCUGGGGGCGGGACAGCGUGCAUGUGAUGUCGAAAUGCUGCAAAGGGAAUGCUUCGGUGGCGAACUCUCUGAGAGUGGACCGACCUGCAGCGAGCUCCCGAAGUCGAUCGGCGGAUGUGAAAUCCGUUUUGGGUCUGCCGCAAACGAGACUGCGAAUGAUCUCGCGGCGCUGGCGAGGCUGCACUCGUUGUUGUACAUCGACGGAAUGCAGAUCCUGGAGCAACUCGCGAUGACUCGGAUUACGAAUGAGUCGACCGGAACGACCCUCGCCUUGAUAAUCGAUAAAAUGCUGGCACGCCUGGAGACACGGCGGAAGGUGACCGGAUCGAUUCUCGGCAGGUCUGGAGACUAUGGAGCCGCUGAGCAUACCAGUCGUACUUUUGCGAUGAUCGCCUUUGGAUGCCUCUGUCUGCUUGUGACGCUGCGGACGGAAGUCCCGCUCUCUUCCGUCGCCUCGUAUUGUAAGAGGCUCGAAGUCUUCGGUCGGCGCUCGAGGAUCGUGGCUAUCGUUCUGGACUGGCUCUUUGCUGCAUCCGCGAGACCUCUCCUCGACACUCAAGGCCGCGAUGAGAAUGGCUGUCCAAUGAUUGGUAUGGAAGACAAGACAUCGAGUAUAUGCACUUCCAACCGUAUGAGAGUUGUCAAGGAUCAGCUACGGUACGAAAAGACGCAGCGCGAGGUGAGGAUGAGCCGAAUCUCGAGACCAUGAACAUGCAUUCCACACCUUUCCAUCCCAGAGACAAUCCAAGGUUCAACUGCACAGCUUUCAGUUGCAUCGUACACAAAUCUGGCGGCCAACCGUGCCGUCGAUCUGGUCACACAUUCACAACAAGCAGCCUGCGGCGCGAGAUGGAAGCUAGGCUCAAUUCCGUUCUCCAAGAGUUCUCUCGAGAGUGCUUCGAUCUCGAACGGAACUUGCGAUUCCCGUGGGAACUUCUCCUUCGAUGUUGUUCGGCCCAAAGAAGCAAUUCCACAACUACUCCCGCGGGGUCAUUUCAAAUCCGUAAACCGAUCGACUUUCGACCUCAAUGCUCAUUAGUGUCCCAAGGCAUGUGGUCCUCUAGAAGAGCAGCGUGCAAACCCCGCAAGCCAUAUUCCGCUUGUAUCGUUGACCUGGCCCUCCUUACCGGCAGUUCCCAUCGAACUAUCGAAAUCAAGUUGGGGGAUCAAC